AUUAUGAUAUCACCGUUACAACGGAAUUUGUGAGUCGUGUAAAAAAGGCAAUUUUCUCUGAAAUUUCGUUAUAUUUUAAUUCAAAAGUGAAAAUGUGGUCACAUUUGAAGUACAAAAAUGAUUGAGUUUUGUACCAGGAAGCGGAUGGUGUUGGCCAUUCUUCUACUCUUCAGUUUAACAGUAGUGACCUUGAUAGUUGAAGGAAGGUGGUCAAACAACCAUAAAAUUGCUGAAGUUAAUGCAGAGAACGAGUCAAGAUGUGGGUCAGAAGUUGUCAAGGUCAUUGAGUCCUGCAGACAAUGUACAACAUUUGAAAUGAAAUCAGAACAAGCUUACUGUGUGAAGACUGGUUAUAGGGAAAAAAUACAGUGUGGUAAACAAAAGGAUAACAUUUACAAAAGAAGUUGUAAGGUUGAUCCAUGGAUAGAGGAGAGGAAGUUCUGGAUACUUGAACUGGUCACGUGCAUUGUGGGUAUAGGAACUUACGGUAUAGUGCGACAUAGACAGGGUAUACUUGACCAGUUGUUGAUGGAGAAAGUCAACAGACAGAUAGCUGCAUGAUGUUUGAAAAUAUUUAUAGUGUAAAAAUGGUUAAACUGUCAGAGGGUUGUUGAUAUGUUAUUAUGGAUGUGAUAAUUCUAAAAUGUAUUGUGAAAAGAGGACUUAUUUUGUCGUGCAACAAUUUUGUGGAAGUGAUCAACGACAAAUUACAGAAUUUUCCUUGAAAGGUUUUAUAAACUGAAAUUGCUUUAUUGUAUUUACAGGUUUCUUUGAUUGCAUAUGUGAUAGGUUUAAUAGUGUAAAUUUAAAAAAAAACAGUGUGACGGACAGUUAUUUUGAGGGCUUAGUGUGGACAGUUGUAUCACCUUUAUUUGGAUAACAUAGAAAUGCCUAUUGUUUAUUCUAAAGGAAGAUUUGAAAUUUACAAGAAGCAGUUUAUUUUCAAUAUUGCUGGCUUUUUGGGAAAUUGAAUGUGGUUAUAAGAGUUUUUAGCUCACCUGAGCACGAAGUGCUCAAGGUGAGCUUUUGUGAUCGCCCUGUGUCCGCCAUCCAUCGUCGUCAACAAUUUGACUGUUAACACUCUAGAGGUCACAAUUUUUGCCCAAUCUUAAUGAAACUUGGUCAGAAUGUUACUCUCUACAAUCUUGGACGAAUUUGAUAUUGGGUCAUCUGGGGUCAAAAACUAGGUCACCAGGUCAAAUCAAAGGAAAAGUUUGUUAACACUCUAGAGGCCACAUUUUUGACAAUAUCUGUAUGAAACUUGGUCAGAAUGUUAACCGUGAUGAUUUUUUAGUUCAAGUUCAAAUCUGGGUCAGGUGGGGUCAAAAACUAGGUCACCAGGUCAAAUUAAAGGAAAAGUUAGUUAACACUCUAGAAGCCACAUUUAUGACUGUAUCUUCGUGAAUCUUGGUCAGAAUGUUAAUCUUGAUGAUCUUUAGGUCAAGUUUGAAUUUUGGUCAUGUGGGGUCAAAAACUAGGUCACCAGGUCAAAUCAAAGGAAAAGUUAGUUAACACUCUAGAGGCCACAUUUAUGACCAUAACUUCAUGACACUUGGUCAGAAUAUUAAUCUUGAUUAUCUUUAGGUCAAGUUCAAAUCUGGGUCAGGUGGGGUCAAAAACUAGGUCACCAGGUCAAAUCAAAGGAAAAGCUUGUUAACACUCUAGAGGCCACAUUUUUGACAUUAUUUAUAUGAAACUUGGUCAGAAUGUCAACCUUUAUGAUCUUUAGAUCGAGUUCAAAUCUUGGUCAGGUGGGAUCAAAAUCUAAGUCACCAGGUCAAAUCAGAGGAAAAGCUUGUUAACACUCUAGAGGCCACAUCUAAGGCUGUAUCUUCAUGAAAUUUAGUCAGAAUGUUAAUCUUGAUGAUUUUUAGGUUUGAAUAUUGGUCAUCUGGGGUCAAAAACUAGGUCACCUGGUCAAAUAAAAAGAAAAAGCUAGUUAACACUCUAGAGACCACAUUUAUGACCAUAUCUUAAUGACACUUGGUCAGAAUGUUAAUCUUGAUGAUCUUUAGGUCAAGUUCAAAUCUGGGUCAGGUGGGGUCAAAAAUAAGGUCACCAGGUCAAAUCAAAGGAAAGGCUUGUUAACACUCUAGAAGUCACAUUAAUGACUGUAUCUUUAUGAAACUUGGUCAGAAUGUUAACCUUUCUUGUUUUUUAAGAUACAGCCUUAAAAUUUGGAUGACAUAUACAGUUUUGCAGACUGAUCUUAAAACUGAAUUUCAGUGACCAUGAAUAUGACCUACAGACCUACUUUCUUGUUUUUAGCUCACCUGUCACAAAGUGACAAGGUGAGCUUUUGUGAUCGCGUGGUGUCCGUCGUCCGUCCGUGCGUGCGUCCAUGCGUCCGUCCGUAAACUUUUGCUUGUGACCACUCUAGAGGUCACAUUUUUCAUGGGAUCUUUAUGAAAGUUGGUCAGAAUGUUUAUCUUGAUGAUAUCAAGGUCAAGUUCGAAACUGGGUCACGUGCCAUCAAAAACUAGGUCAGUAGGUCUAAAAAUAGAAAAACCUUGUGACCUCUCUAGAGGCCAUAUAUUUCACAAGAUCUUCAUGAAAAUUGGUCAGAAUAUUCACCUUGAUGAUAUCUAGGUCAAGUUCGAAACUGGGUCACGUGCCAUCAAAAACUAGGUCAGUAGGUCUAAAAAUAGAAAAACCUUGUGACCUCUCUAGAGGCCAUAUAUUUCACAAGAUCUUCAUGAAAAUUGGUCAGAACGUUUACCUUGAUGAUAUCUAGGUCAAGUUCGAAACUGGGUCACGUGCCUUCAAAAACUAGGUCAGUAGGUCAAAUAAUAGAAAAACCUUGUGACCUUUCUAGAGGCCAUAUUUUUCAUGGGAUCUGUAUGAAAGUUGGUCAGAAUGUUCAUCUUGAUGAUAUCUAGGUCAAGUUCGAAACUGGGUCACGUGCGGUCAAAAACUAGGUCAGUAGGUCUAAAAAUAGAAAAACCUUGUGACCUCUCUAGAGGCCAUAUAUUUCAUGAGAUCUUCAUGAAAAUUGGUCAGAAUGUUCAGCUUGAUGAUAUCUAGGUCAAGGUUGAAACUGGGUCACAUGCCUUCAGAAACUAGGUCAGUAGGUCAAAUAAUAGAAAAACCUUGUGACCUCUCUAGAGGCCAUAUUUUUCAUGGGAUCUGUAUGAAAGUUGGUCUGAAUGUUCAUCUUGAUGAUAUCUAGGUCAAGUUUAAAAGUGGGUAACGUGCCUUCAAAAACUAGGUCAGUAGGUCAAAUAAUAGAAAAACCUUGUGACCUCUCUAAAGGCCAUAUUUUUCAUGUGAUCUGUAUGAAAAUUAUUCAGAAUGUUCAUCUUGAUGAUAUCUAGGUCAAGUUCGAAACUGGGUCAACUGCGGUCAAAAACUAGGUCAGUAGGUCUAAAAGUAGAAAAACCUUGUGACCUCUCUAGAGGCCAUACUUGUGAAUGGAUCUUCAUGAAAAUUGGUCAGAAUGUUCACCUUGAUGAUAUCUAGGUUAAGUUUGAAACUGGGUCAUGUGCCUUAAAAAACUAGGUCAGUAGGUCAAAUAAUAAAAAAAACCUUGUGACCUCUCUAGAGGCCAUACUUUUCAUGGGAUCUGUAUGAAAGUUGGUUUGAAUGUUCAUCUUGAUGAUAUCUAGGUCAAGUUUGAAACUGGGUCAAGUGCGGUCAAAAACUAGGUCAGUAGGUCUAAAAUUAUGAAAAUAUUUCGACCUCUCUAGAGGCCAUAUUUUUCAAUGGAUCUUCAUGAAAAUUGAUCUGAAUGUUCACCUUGAUGAUAUCUAGGUCAGUUUUGAAACCAGGUCACGUGCGGUCAAAAACUAGGCCAGUAGGUAUAAAAAUAGAAAAACCUUGUGACCUCUCUAGAGGCCAUAUUUUUCAUGAGAUCUUCAUGAAAAUUAGUGAGAAUGUUCACCUUGAUGAUAUCUAGGUAAAGUUCAAAACAGGGUCACGUACCUUCGAAAACUAGGUCAAUAGGUCAAAUAAUAGAAAAACCUUAUUACCUCUCUAGAGACCAUAUUUUUCAAUGGAUCUUCAUGAAAAUUGGUCAGAAUUUUUAUCUUGAUAAUACCUAGGUGAAGUUCAAAACUAGGUCACUAUGUCAAAUAAUAGAAAAAACGACGUCAUACUCAAAACUGGGUCAUGUGGGAAGAGGUGAGCGAUUCAGGACCAUCAUGGUCCUCUUGUUUAAGAUACAGACUUUAACUUCGGAUGACAUGUACAGUUUAGCACAUCAAUCUUAAAACUGAAUUUCAGUGACCUACUGACCUACUUUCUUGUUUUUUUUUAAGAUACAGCCUUGAAAUUAGGUUGACAUGUACAGUUUUGAAUACUGAUCUUAAAACUGACUUUCAGUGACCAUAAAUAUGAUCUACUGACCUACUUUCUUAAUAUUUUAGCAUCAGUUUGACAUUUGAAAAUAUGUAGCUCAUAUUACUCAGGUGAGCGAUCCAGGGUCAUCAUGACCCUUUUGUUAUUAAAAAAUCUUUUCAGGAUGACUGUAAAUUGUUUUUAUACGCCCGUCUCUGAAAGAGCAGGGCGCAUUAUGGGAACAACCGUGGCGGGCGGCGGUCGACGUCCAGAAACAUGUCCGCGCUCUAAGUCAAACAGUUUUCAUCCGAUCUUCACCAACUUGGUGACAAUGUUUGUGGGCAUAAUAUCUUGGCCAGGUUUGAUAACCACCCAAAUCGCCCCAGGCACUCUUGGAUUAUGGCCCUUGAAUUACUCGAAAUCUGCGAAAUUAGCCUUGUCAAUUCAAACAGUUUUGAUCUGAUUGUCAAUUUCAUCCCACAUGAAACCCCACAAAUACCUUGAUUCCUUCUAACUCUUUUUUUUUGGUUAACAAGGCAUACAACAUCAACAUUAUUACUUACAUUAUGAUACGUAACUGAAUAUUUAGACGGGCGUAUUUUGUGACAGUCUGGCACUCUUAUUGUUUGUGUGGUAUUUAAUAAAAGGAAGACCUGAAGGACACAAGUUACAAAAAAAUGAAAAUUUAAAUCUGUGGUACUUACUCAGUCUUUGGGAUUCCAUAUAGUUAAUGAAUAUAUCAGUUGAUUGUUUAUGCUUAUUACUGUGAGGGUGCAAUUAUUAAUUAUUUUUUAUGAAACUUGUUAACAUUUUACAUAUAUAAUGAUGCCUAAAUAAUAAAAUUGAAAUUGUA